AUGGCUUUGUACUGUUGGUUUGCAGUCGUGGGACUCGCCGUGGCGAUGUUCGUACAGACAAACCACGGCCAAGACGUAAGGACGGGACAGGGUCCCCCCCCGGGGGGGGAAGGGCGCUUAAGGGAGACCGAAGGAGAGCAGGGGCCACCUGGCGGGGAGGGCGUUAAGGGGGACCGAGGAGACCAGGGACCCCCCGGCGGGGACGGCGCUAAGGGGGUCCGAGGAGAGCAGGGACAGCCUGGCGGGGACGGCGCUAAGGGGGACCGAGGAGACCAGGGACCGUCCGGCGGGGACGGCGCUAAGGGGGACCGAGGAGACCAGGGACCGCCCGGGGAGAAGGGGAGUGCAGGGGAGACGGGGUCUCCAGGCGUGUCGGCCAGGGUGAAUAUUAAGCAGUGUGCCUGGAAGGACCUGAACAAUGGAGCAGACUCCGGGAAAAUUGUGGAGUGCGCGUUCAACAAGGUGGCCCCGACAUCAGUUCUUCGUCUGACCUGGAGCGGCAGCACCAGAGUUAGGCCCACCACCGCCUGCUGUAAGCGCUGGUUCUUCACUCUGAACGGAUCGGAGUGCAACAGUCCCUUCCCCAUCGACAGCCUGAUGUGCACUAAUGGCGCCUCAAGUGUCAAUAUCCACCGUGCGACUACAAUUGACGGUCUGUGCUACAACCUGCCGGCCGGACCCGUGACCGUGGCCCUGAACGUCGGAAACCGCGAGGGGUGGACUGAAUGUGCAGACGCCAACACGGGGUGGAACUCCUACUCCAGGAUCAUCGUGGAGGAAGUGAACAUUCCAACCGGAAAUGACUAA